AUGGCAACCGAAGCCUUCUUCUCUGAUUUCGAAUUCAUCGGCGAACAAUUCCUCGACCAGGCAGCCGCCUCACUCGACAUCCUACCCACGCUGCCGCCAUUAACUCUCCCCGCUCCCGGCGACAUUACCGUCUCCGACUACCUCGAAGUACAAACUAAACCCGACACACGUUUCGACGGAGAUUUCAGAUUCCGUGAACAACUGGAGAUCCCAUCGUCGGAGUUAAUUGUCGACCGGCAUUACCGCGGAGUCUGGAAGCGGCCGUGGGGAAAAUUCGCGGCCGAAAUCCGUAACCCUAAGCGGCGAGGAUCUCAGAUUUGGCUCGGCACGUUCGAUACCGCCGUUCAGGCAGCAAGGGCUUACGAUUGCGCUGCUUUCCGGAUGCGCGGAAGCAAGGCUAUCCUCAACUUCCCCAACGAGAUUGGCCAAUUGAUGGAUAAAUCUGAUCGGAAUACUUCGGCGAAGCCCCCGAAGAAGACGGGUAGGGAGUGUGGGAAGGCGGCGAAGGUUAUGAAGAAGGAGGGUUUAGAACAAUCGGAAUGGAAAACUCCGGCGGUGUGCGACAGGAUUCCAGCGAUAUGGCCGGUGGUGUGGGAUGAAGCAGAGGUGUUUGACUUGCCGCCUUUAUCGCUGUUCGAUUCGCAGCGAACGAUGGGGUUCCCGCAGCUGAUUGUAACUUGA